UACACAACACCGAUGAACCUUGUAGCGUGUGUGAGUGAUGCUGCUGCACCAGCGACUCUCUAUUGUUAGCUCCUGUGUGCGUGUGGCGGGUCCCUGCGUCCAUCCUCAGACCGAACAAUGGUGACUGUGUUGGCCACAUCCUCGCCUGCCACCCUUCUCUUCCUACUGGUGAUGGUGGGCGUAAGUACGGCACGUCCUGGAGCUCCUCCUUCACAUGUUGAAGAUAUCAGACUGAUAGUAGUGAGGUUGUUCCAGCAGGCCCGCUCCUUGUUGUUGCCUGCCGACCUUCUCUCAGGCACCACCUUCUGGGGAGAUUUGCUCAAGCUCUUGCAUCUGUUCGGCAUCACCAACGAGGACAUAUUUCAGUGGUGGAGAAGGUGGAGACAGAAGUGGUGGAGAUCUUGUCCCAGCUGCCGCCACAUGACAUUACCAAGGUUGAGAUAGCUGCCGGGGACAUCCUGGGUAUGAUACAAGCUGGGGAUGUUGACUUGGAGCGACUCAAGACCGACGUAGAUGUUAUUUAUAUGAUCAUUUGGCCGUAUGUGGACGACAGCCUCAAGCCCAGGAUCAAGUACACUGUCGGGAUACUUAUUUUCCUGUGGAUCCUGUGGUCACAACUCCGUAUGUCUCUGUCUGCUGGUGACCUGAUACGACCUCUCUUGGCUGUGGCUCUGUAGGUCUGACCCAACAUCCUUGUGUGUGGCUCUGUAGGUCUGACCCAACAUCCUUGUGUGUGGCUCUGUAGGUCUGACCCAACAUCCUUGUGUGUGGCUACUAUAGGCCAAACUCUGCCUCUUUUUCCCUUUAUUAAACGUACCUAAACUUG